AUGGAGCCCUCCUCAAUAUGUUCCUCAGCUAUCUCGAUCAUCUCCAAACAGAUGGAAUCAAUGUCAAUGACAAAUGGUGUUCUCCGUCGUACCAAAACGAUUCCACAGUCUAGAUAUUCUCCUUACAGUUCGGGCAGUACUAGUUUAAGCAAGCAGAAGGAGAAGCAAAAAGAAGAGGCUAUACGACUUGGAACUGAGCUCUCAAUCUUUGUGGCUGAAGCAACGUUCCUAUUAUCUAAUGACAUAUAUUCUGCGGUUUCGUUUGGUUGCUGGCUAUGCAAGAACGUAGGGAACGAAAACUACGAAGGUCCGGUAGUGGGGAGGCUGUCUUGUGUUUUCCUUCACGUGUUUGAAACAUAUAUCUUAUCCAAAAUGGAAGCGUGGUGUCACGAUGGUGAUAAUUCAAAGCAAUGGGAACUAAUCACUGCGUCUACCCAGCAUUUUUCUUUUACCGUCGAAGCUUUGGAUCGCAUUGUAUCGGUUCUCAAGAAUGGUGAAGUAGUGAAACCGUCUUGUCUUGAAUACUACAACCAAGAAAUGAAGAACCUAGAGGAGAAGUUGAGGUCUGCCAAGCAUGUUUCACAGGCUAAUGGGUUUGAGAUGAAUGCUAUAAAGGCUACAGUUCCGCAGAUGUGGAUGUCACUAUUUCAAGCAACACCCCAGGGGAUAAACCCUAAAAUAAGCUCCAAUAUGUCAGAGAACUACCCAAGAUGA